AUGCAGCCCAGGUCCAGAAUAAACUUGGUAAGAGGAGCACCAGGACGAGCCGCUAGAUCAGCGAGGACAGUCGUCGUCGCUGGUGUUCCAGAUGGCCUCCUGCACAACGACGUCAUGACUGACAUACUGGUGAUUCAUUUCCAAAUGGCGAAGAAUAACGGUGGAGACGUGGAAGACGUGAUGUACCCAACAAGGAAAGAAGGAGUUGCAUAUGUAACUUUUGAAGAUCAGGAAGUUGUAGAGAGCGUUCUGAAGAAGGGUGAACAUCUGCUAGAAGACAAGAGGCUGGCCGGGUACUAUCCGCUGAAAGUCACCCGUUACUGGGAAAACGUCUUCAGCUCCGUGACGUCUGUCCUUGAUAUGUCUGUUUUCAAAGAUCGGUUUGUUUUAGAAGAUCUGAUACAAGAAAUUAAAAAGAAGAGCACAGCUUUGAGCUUUGGUCCUCUGCGAUCCAAUGGGCUUAUUUCUGUUCAGGGGCCGUUUCCAGCCAUCAAACUGCUGAGAGACUUUCUCUUGCUAAAAGCAAAAUCCCUUUCGGAGGACAAAAGAGGAGAAAGUCAGUCCCAUCAGAGACCAAGGAGGAUGCUACAGCAACACAGACUUACCCCGGAGAUGAGUCAUUUCGUUCAUGAUGCAGAUGGGGUAAAACAAGUGGUUGUUCUUGACACGGAUAUAUAUCAGUACAUGAAGUGCUUUUUGCGCAGGACAUUCCAGGUAAAUGAUGACGUUGUGAUUUCUGACAUCACUGAUGGUGAUACAACUACAUUGUGUAUCGAGAGUGCUGGAAGGAGAUCUGAUGCUGGACAGGUAUUAAGAGUCAAAGAGAAAAUUGAACAUCAGUCUAUAGAACUCUAUAACACUUUACGUAAAGAAAGGAUCUGCUUUGAGGAGCGCACCAGAGAUGAAAAGGAGAGAUACAAACGGGUGUGUGGACGCCUAAAACCCCAUUACCCUUAUGUUUUGAUCAUUCCUUAUGAUACUCACAUUGAUAUUAUAGGAAAGUCUUCUGAGAUUCUUCAGUUUACAAAGGAAGUGAACGAUAAGAUUCAGAGCCUGUUCCAAACCCGGUAG